GGUUACUGAACUCAACCAUAAUACAGAAGUCAUGAAUUAAAAACAAAAGGCAUGAUGAGCUUGGGCAAACCUCAAGAUAACAUGGGCAGAAAAAAACAGAGGAAAGAUGAUCCUCAAGUCCUAAUGUUUUGUUAGGUAGUAUAAGCUCCUUGUGCCAUCUCUCCCAAGAUUGCGUCCACCAGUGAUGCGUGGACAAGUGGAGAAUCUCCUUGUGCCAGCUUGGACUCUCUCACCCCUUUCUUUGCCUUGUUGCUUUGGUUGGACAGCCUACACUUACCACAUUCCUAUGCCAAAGCAUCCUCCUCCUAUAUAAGUAUAUAUGCACAAACAGACACCAGAGCAGAGGCACAAUUCAGCGGAAGCUCCACACAUCCAGCUGCAAUUGCCUCUUGAAGAAUACCACUACUACCACCAACAUCGGCAAUAUCAACAAACAAGAACAAGAACCAAGGAGGAGUUGAAGCUUGAGCUCCCAUUCUUGCGGCGGCUGCAAGGAUGGGCGUCGUUGUUGGCGAGUGGCGGCGGGGGCCAGUCAUUGGCCGCGGCGCGUCGGCGACAGUGUCGAUCGCCACGGACGCCCUCACGGGCGAGGCGUUCGCGGUGAAGUCGGUGGGGAUCGCGCUCGCGGGCGCCCUGCGGCGGGAGCAGAGCGUGCUCUCGGCCCUGAGCUCGCCGUACGUCGUCUCCUGCGUGGGCUCCUCCGGUGCGUCGGAUGAUGGGAGGAGCUACGAGCUGUUCCUGGAGCUCGCGCCGGGCGGGUCCCUGGCGGACGAGAUGAAGCGGUGCGGCGGGCGGUGCGAGGAAGCCCUGGUCGCGUCGCGGGCCGGCGACGUCCUGCGCGGGCUGGCUCACGUCCACGGCGCCGGGAUCGCGCACUGCGACGUCAAGGCCCGGAACGUGCUCCUGGGCGCCGACGGCCGCGCCAAGCUCGCGGACUUCGGGUGCGCGCGCUGGACGACCAAGGCCAAGGAAGACGGCAUCGGCAAUGCCAUCAUGGGCACGCCGAUGUUCAUGUCCCCCGAGGCCGCGCGCGGCGAGGCGCAGGGCGCGGCCGCGGACAUCUGGGCGCUCGGGUGCACGGUCAUCGAGAUGGCCACGGGCGGCGCGCCGUGGCGGUUCAGCAGCCCCGUCGCGGCGCUCCACCACGUGGCGCACUCGGGGGACGUCCCCGAGGCCCCCUCGUGGUUCUCGGAGCAAGGGAAGGACUUCCUCGCCAGGUGUUUGGUCAGAGACCCGGCCCAGCGGUGGACCGCGGAGCAGCUGCUGGAGCACCCCUUCGUGGCCGCCGUCACAUCCUCAUCCAAAGCCGCGCCGAUCGCGCACUGGGUCUCGCCCAAGAGCGUGCUCGAUCAAGACAUCUGGGAGGAUUCCUCGUCCACGGACUCUGGCGACGACACAACGGUGGUGCCGCCCGCCGAUCGCGUACGCGCACUGGCUUCCGUCGAGUGCUCGCCUGACUGCUGGACGUGGAGCGGCGAGGAAUGGAUCACCGUCUGUGGCGGCCUCACCGACACCGACAGCAACACCGCGCUCUCGCUAACACCCGAAGCGGACACGAUGGAGGCCGCGGGCAGCAGCAAUGGCGACGAUGAGCAAGUCCCGUCCGCCGCCGGCGACGCGGGCGUUGACGCACCGCGCGGCCAAGGCUCGUCACAUGGCAGUUCAUCAUCAGCAUCAGCAGAGGACGGCGCGGGUUCGAGCUGUACGGCCUCGUGCCGCUGUAGAAACGGCGUGAUUAGCAGCUGUAACAGCGAUGAUGAUGGUUGUAAAAAGUUUGGGAAUGGAUGGCAUUUGUCGGUUCACUUUAACUCGUCCUCGUCCGACCUGGCAUUUACUUUCGCGCGUGCUUGUUUCGCGUUUCACCUUUCCUCCUCGCGGCGACCUUUUUCGUCACGUGACAGGCGUGAGCCGUGA